AUGUCAAGUAGCUGGUGUCAAGAAUUUGUUUAUUUGUAUUUAAGGAGAUUUUCUUGCGGAAUAACUUGGAAAAAUGAUUAUAAUUAAAUCCUUAUUCCUUAUCUCAUUCAACUUGGAUUAAGUAUUUCAGUGUUUCUCUUAAAAUAAACCGAAACUGUUGCAUUUUACACAGCAUUUAAGUCGUUUUCCUGACAUAACCUGCACCCAUUAAAAAUGUCUGAUGCUUGGGAAGAGAUUCAAGCUGUGAAAAGUAAAAGGAACAGCUUACGCGAGAAGUUAGAGAAGCGUAAGAAAGAACGACAGAAUAUCCUCGGGUCCUCGCUUGGGAGUGGUGACAAAGCCGAAGGGUCGCCGGGAGAAAAAGGUAAACCAAGUGCCGGCGCGGCGGGAAGUACCAAAAAUGAAGACAAACCAAAAGUGAUUGUCCCGUCAGCGUCCCUAGAAGUGCGCCUGCUGCAAGUUCUCUCGGACAUGCAGUUGCAGCUUCCUGCAACAGCCAGCGCCCUCUUGCCAGGCCUCGGUGACGUUGAUACGGAGAUUGUUGCGAGUUUGCUGCAGAAGUUUGCUACGCAGAAACUUAUCACUAUCCGAGAAAGACCAGAAGGCAGUACAGAUGUGGGCAUUGAAGUGGUCAGCGCAGAGUCUGUCCGGCUUGGCGCUGUGCUAGCAGCUUUGAUGGAAGAGAACUCUAAUAAGAGGAAAGGUGAAGAUGCCCCUGAGGAGGGUAGUAAAGCAAAACAAACAAAAACGACUACGGAAGAAAAGAAAGCUGCAAAGAAAGAUACAGACUUAAUGUCUUUACUUGCCAUGCCCUCGAGUCGAGAGAAAGCUGUGAAGAGAGUGGGAGAGGAGAUCAUGGACUUACUCAGCAAACCUACAGCUAAAGAAAAAUUUCUGGCCGACAAGUUCAAGAGUCAAGGAGGUGCUCAAGUAAUGGAGUUCUGCCCGCACGGCACGCGCGCCGAGUGCGCCCGCGCCACCGCCCAAAGACAAGAUGGCGUCUGCAAGAAACUGCACUUCAAGAAGAUCAUACAAGCACACACCGAUGAAUCACUGGGAGAUUGUUCCUUCCUGAAUACGUGCUUUCAUAUGGACAGCUGCAAAUAUGUUCAUUAUGAAGUUGACAACACGGAUCCUAACGUUACCGCGGCAAAAACCACCGACACCGCACAGAAGAAUUCACAAAAUGGAGUGCAGGUGGCACCCAAACCAGAUGGAGUUUUAACGUUGACGCCCCCACAGUGGAUACAGUGCGACCUGCGGUAUCUAGACAUGACGUUCUUAGGUAAAUUCGCAGUGAUAAUGGCGGACCCGCCAUGGGACAUUCACAUGGAGUUGCCAUACGGCACCAUGUCUGAUGACGAGAUGAGAUGCCUCGGGGUGCCACAGCUACAAGACAAAGGCCUCAUAUUUCUAUGGGUCACUGGCAGAGCUAUGGAACUUGGUCGCGAAUGCCUUAAACUGUGGGGGUACGAACGCGUAGAUGAACUAAUCUGGGUUAAAACCAACCAGUUGCAGAGGAUCAUUCGAACAGGACGGACCGGGCAUUGGUUGAACCAUGGCAAGGAGCACUGUCUAGUCGGAAUGAAAGGCAACCCGGACAACCUGAACCGCGGACUGGACUGUGACGUCAUCGUCGCCGAAGUCAGAGCCACCAGUCAUAAGCCCGACGAAAUAUACGGCAUUAUUGAGAGGCUAAGUCCCGGUACGAGAAAAAUCGAGCUAUUCGGUCGACCGCACAACGUGCAACCUAACUGGAUAACACUAGGAAACCAGGUGGAUGGUGUUCGACUAGUGGACCCCGAGCUGAUCGCAGCCUUCAAGAAACGGUACCCAGACGGGAACUGCAUGGCCCCACCGCCUCCAGAAACCCUCACUUAGAGUCGUUGUAGCCGGCUAGCUAGCAAGAGCUGCACGAAUGGAACGAGUGAAUGAAAAGAUGCAUGUGUGCAACAGAUUAACCAAUAAAAUGGUAUACACAUAUCACUCAUACAAUCAAACAAAGUUUU